AGUGAAUAUCGUCCCAUAAUUGUCAAAACAACGAUUGCAUCCCACCAAUUGGAAACGAUUUUCCACCUUACAUUGUCGAUACAUAAAGGAAGCCGCCACUCCAAAUCCAUAUAUGUCCUCUUUGAAGCUUGAACACUCCUAGAAAAAAACCACAUCGAGCACUCAACUUUGCCUUUGAUUUCUCUCAAAACCCUAGGUCCAUUUCUUCAUUAUCAAUGUCUUCACACAAUUCUUCAUCAUCAUCAUCUUCUUUCCCAUUCAAUGUCGAGCAAAUUUCAAAAGCUUCUCGCGACAAUGCACCUCCGCUUAAAGAAAUCCCCGGAGGUUACGGCACACCUUUCUUCAGCGCGAUAAAAGAUCGUAUCGACUACUUCUACAACCAAGGAAAAGAGGAGUUCUUCAGGUAUCGAAUGCACAAGUACGACUCGACUGUCUUCCGAGUCAACAUGCCGCCAGGCCCGUUCAUGGCCUCGAGCCCUAAAGUCAUCGUCCUCCUCGACGCCGCCAGCUUUCCCGCCCUCUUUGACACAUCCAAGGUUGAGAAGCGAGACGUGCUCGAUGGCACUUACAUGCCCUCCCUCGACUAUUUUGGCGGUUACCGUGUAUGCGCUUUCCUCGACCCAUCCGAGCCCAAGCACGCUGUUCUCAAGCAAUUCGUCUUCUCCAUGCUCGUGUCUCGGCAUGGGGAAAUCGUCCCGCUCUUUAGGAAUUGCUUGUCGGAGCUCUUCAUCAACCUGGAAGAUGAGCUAGCUAGCAAAGGCAAGGUAUACUUCAAUACCUAUAGUGACAAAAUGUCCUUUAACUUUGUGUUUAGGCUUUUCUGUGACAAAAAGCCACAUGAUGCAACAAUAGAAACAAAAGGGUCAAAACUAUUUGAUUCUUGGUUGUUUUUCCAACUUGCCCCAUUGAUGACCCUAGGGUUGACUAAGGCCUUAAACUUUCUGGAGGACAUACUACUACACACAUUCCCACUGCCUCCAUUAUUAGUCAAAUCUUAUUACCAAAAGCUUUAUAACGCCUUCAAUGAGAAUGCAACAUCCAUAUUGGAUGAAGCCGAGAGUUUAGGGAUCAAAAGAGACGAAGCUUGCCAUAACCUCAUAUUCGUUGCCGGUUUCAAUGCGUAUGGCGGGAUGAAAACCACGUUUCCGGCUCUGAUCAAGUGGGUCGCAUCAGGAGGAGAGAAGUUGCAUCGUCAGCUCGCUAACGAGAUCAGAUCAGUCGUCAAAUUGGAAGGCGGGGUCACACUCGCUGCCUUGGACAAGAUGAGCUUGACCAAAUCGGUCGUUUACGAAGUACUGAGGAUCGAGCCACCGGUCCCAUUCCAAUACGGGAAGGCGAGGUGUGAUAUGGUGGUCCGGAGCCACGAUGCAGCCUUCGAGAUCAAGAAGGGCGAGAUGAUUUUCGGAUAUCAGCCGUUCGCUAUGAGAGACCCGAGGGUCUUCGACGAUCCGGAGGAAUUUCUGGGCCAUAGGUUUAUGGGGGAAGGAGAAAGGCUGUUGAAGUAUGUGUUCUGGUCGAACGGUCGCGAGAUCGACCAUCCGACGGUGCGGAACAAGCAGUGCCCCGCGAAGGAUCUGGUGGUGCUUUUGUGCAGGAUCAUGUUGGUGGAGAUCUUCCUUCGUUACGACACGUUCGACGUCGACCCCGGGAAGUUGCCUCUCGGAUCAUCUGCAACGUUCAAGUCGUUGACCAAGGCCGCCACGAGUAAUUGACCAUGGUGAUCAAAAGCUACUUCAAGAGCUGGUUGAUAAAGUCUUACAGGUUAAAUCAAUCAGCAUUGCUUUGUGUGGUAGGUACAAAACACUAGAAAUGGGACAUUGAUGAGAAAUUAGAGUUGUCCUGUUUUUUAAGAGUGUUUACUGCAAAAAUUGCUGACAUUCAAUUUGUGGCUAUCCUUCCUCAAGGCUUUCUUUGAUUUAUUAUAUGGGUAGGAUGUACUAUUAAAUUUUGCAGGAAAUCAAAUUUACUUCAACUCAAA